CAGAACUGAGCGUAGUGGGCAGGACGAAGAAAAUACAGCUGGCUACACGUUAGCAACGGCGCUUGAUUCGUCGAGCGUACUUAAGAAGAGUAUAAAGGAUAAAAACCAACUCGCCAUCACGGAUUUUCUGUGGGACAAGCGGACGGGUCUCGCUGCUAAAACGAUGCCUCACAACAGACGGUACGCGUCUUCAGAAAGCAGCUACCAAGACCGCUACAGAGACCGAGGCCGGAGACACCGACACAGACGAUCGCCCUCGUUUUCAUCCAGCAGUGACAGAGAAAGAGACCGGGACCGGCGGGGGCGGGGACACCGGCAGGAGGGAAGCUACAUACGCACAAGGAGCCGCAGUCAUGACAAUCGCUCAACCGAACACCGACCGUUUGACCGGAGAUACUGCGAGGGAUACAGACGUCUGGACCAGAGCCGAGAGCGAGACCGCGAGAGGGGCGAAAGAGAGCCACACGGAGCACCCGAAAGUUACUAUCAACGCGACUUCGCCCCUAACAUGUACGACUACCGGCGCGGCCGUGAAAGGGAGCGCGAGCGGGACGAGUCGUACCGGCGGAAAGGCAGCAGGCGUAAGCACAAACGAAGGCGGCGUAGAACCAGGUCCUAUAGCCCAUCAUCCUCGCGGAGCGACAGCCGGACGCGGGCACUGAGUGUGAGAGACGACGAGGAAGGGCACCUGAUCUGUCGGAGUGGGGACGUCCUGCAAGAGAGAUAUGAGAUUGUUAAUACUUUGGGGGAAGGCACCUUUGGGAGGGUGAUGCAGUGCAUCGACCAUCGCAGGGGAGGAGCUCAUAUAGCUCUGAAAAUUAUCAAGAAUGUGGAAAAAUAUAAGGAAGCAGCUCGGCUGGAGAUCAAUGUACUAGAGAAGAUAAACGAGAAGGACCCAGACAACAAAUUCCUGUGUGUGCAGAUGUACGACUGGUUCGACUACCACGGCCACAUGUGCAUCUCCUUCGAGCUGCUCGCCCUGAGCACGUUUGACUUUCUCAAGGAAAACAACUACUUACCCUACUCCAUCGGUCAGGUCAGACACAUGGCCUACCAGAUCUGCCUUGCUGUGAAGUUUCUCCAUGACAAUAAGCUGACGCACACGGACCUAAAGCCCGAGAAUAUCCUGUUUGUCAACUCAGACUUCACAAUGUCCUACAAUGUGGAAAAGAAACGAGAAGAGCGGACUGUUAAGAGUACGGCAGUACGUGUGGUGGACUUCGGAAGUGCCACAUUUGACCACGAACACCACAGCACCAUCGUAUCCACGCGACAUUAUCGGGCUCCUGAGGUCAUACUAGAACUGGGCUGGAGUCACCCCUGUGACGUGUGGAGCAUCGGCUGCAUCCUCUUCGAGUACUACUUGGGCUUCACUUUAUUUCAGACCCAUGACAAUCGGGAGCAUUUGGCCAUGAUGGAAAGAAUCCUGGGACCCGUGCCAUCGAGGAUGAUUCGUAAAACCAGGAAGCAGAAGUACUUCUAUCGAGGUCGCCUGGACUGGGAUGAGAGUUCCUCGGCAGGAAAAUACGUCAGAGAAAACUGCAAACCCCUCCGGCGGUAUCUGUUGUCGGAGGCAGAGGAGCACCACCAGCUGUUUGACCUCAUCGAGAGCAUGCUGGAGUACGAGCCCUCCAAGAGGCUGAUGCUGGCCGACUCCCUCAAGCACCCUUUCUUCGAGGGCGGGGGCGUCGGCGAAGCGUCGGGCAGCAAGAGCUGGGAGGGGAACCGGGACAUCAGCCGGUGACCCACAGAGCCUUCAGAGACUGAACCAUGGAGGAGUUCAGAUCCUUCUUCCACGUGGAGCAGCUGGACUGUAAAAUAAAAUCUUGGCUUUCAGAGAUUUUCCAUCUGUCAUUAAAGCAUGGACACCUGAACUUCCCCCCCACCCACCUCACCCUGCUGCUGUCACCCUCUGCAGCUACAAGGGGCAUGUUUCUGCAGCAGAGACCAAAAGCAAACUGACUGAAACAAAUCAGAAAUCUUUUUUUUUUUUUUUGUUUUGUUUUUUUAAGAAGUCACAGCCUCAGAGGCGACAAAAGAUCCCACGUGUUUAUACCCGAUGUAGCCCUCUAUGCAGCUCCUGUCUUCCUUUUCCACCUCUGACCCACCUUCCUCCAAUCCGUCCACCUGUUCAUUCCUCUCAAUACCAUGUAAGGAAAGCAGUUCACCUCACUGAGGAAAUUAUCAAUAAGACAGUCGAGGAAUGUCUUCCCCUCCUGCAGUCCAGUAAGAAAAAGGAAAAGGAGAUCAGAUUCACACAUGCAGUGACAAGUCCACUCUUUUAAUUUGGACACACACAAGGUUUUCAGUUAUGCUAAAACCACAACGUAAAUAUUGAUUACCACAAUUUUUUUCCAAAGUUUAGAGUGUUUUUGUUUACAUUGUUAAGUGAACACUUGGAUCCAUAUAAUUCUUUUUGUUUGUUUGUUUUUUUUCUGUUUCAAAUAAGUUAAAUGUUCCUCUUUGUGUCAAACUCCAGUCAGUGGGCCGGUCUUGUUGAUGAACAUGUAUGUUUUGUGUUACACAGUGUUCUAUCUGUGUGUGUGAAUGUAUUCACAAGGGGUGUGGUCAGAGCCAGCGACGCUCUCGUGUUUUAGUUCGCCAUCGGUCUCGGGAACGUCCCCACACGUUCAAACAACUGCCUUUCUCCAUCUUCCUCAUGGUCAGACCUGAGCUCUCCAGACGUUAAGCACACUGCUCUUAUUGAUGGUAUUUAUUAUUUGUCAUAGGUCAUACUCCCAUAUCCCCCACCUGUACAUGACUUGUUUUUUUUUUUUUGUAUGAAAUUAAAGCGUAUAAUACUGUAUAUAUGUACUAUUGUGUAGAAUUAAAGUCCUCCUUGCCAAAGGUUUAUGGUGCUCAGUA